AUGCCCACCGGACUGGCGUAUCUCCGCGAGAUCGGGAUGAAAGUUGUGAACGAUGAGGUCCUCAAAAUCAAUCUCCCAACAAUUACGGAGACCAUCGAAGCGGGACAAGUACGUUACAGCCAUUUUUGCCUUAUUCGGUCAUGUUCUUAGGUGUCAAUCUACAACGCCUAUGUCUCAAAGUAUUGGCCGCCCGUAGAAUACUCGCUAGAUUUGGUGGGUCCGGAUGCGUUCACUUGGACCAUGUCGAAAAUGCAUUUACGGUAAAAACUUGACAACUUUUUGACAGCAUGAAUUUUUUUCGAGUUACCUAACAAGGGCUAUGCUGCAGUACCCCAAGUGCAACGCUCAGAUUUUCUUUAAAUUUUGCGCACACGUCGGGCAUGAACCGUUGCGGCAGAACUCUCCUUCUUUUCUGAACUUUUCCUCAAUCUGAACUCUCCCCCUUUUUGAACUCUCCCCCAAAAAAGGCUGAACUCUCCCUCUUUUUUGUUUUUCGCCAAAAAAUCUGAACUCUCCCCUUUUUUGAACACUCCCCCAUUUUGAAAAUUGAAAAAACGAGGUGUGACAUGUUAUACGAUAGAAAUUUUUUUUCAAAUUGAAAAAGCGAGGUGUGGCAUGUUAUACGAUGAAAAUUUUUUUCAAAUUGAGAAAAAUGAGGUGUGACAUCUUAUACGAUGAAAAUUUUUUCAAAUUGAAAAAUGAAAAAAAAGUAUAAGAUUGAAAAAAAAUUUCAUCGUAUAAGAGGUCACAACUGUUUUUCAAUUUUCAAAAUGAGGGGAAGUGUUCAAAAAGGGGGAGGGUUCAUUCAAGGGGGAGUCUUCAAAAAGGGGGAGAGUUAUGCUAGAAUUCUCGCAUAUAGUUUCGAAAAAAAUAUUUUAAAUUUGUGCCAAGUUUCAUCAAAAUCUGAGCGUCGCACUUGGGGUACUUCCCCUGUAAAACGAGUUCUGAACUUGUCAUUUCAGUGCCGCCGGCAAUUUUGACGCCCGUCUGAAUGGAGCGCUCCUCCUGCCUUCAGUUCCAAUCUCCGGCGAAUUCGAGACCCUCCUGGGCCAUAUUUCUUUGACAAUCUCGGUGCGAAUGCUGAGGUGAGUUUGAGAAUACCCUGAAAGGCUUCACAAUUCACUCUUUUGCAAACUUAGACGAUUUAUUUGCAUAGUGAAGAACCGCGACGGGAGCACCGCAAGUCCAAUCGGCCUACUGCAACUCGCAGAUCGGAUACGUGGAUCUGAAUGUGCGGAAUACUGGGGUCAUCACCGACUUCUUCAUCAACUCGUUUAAAGGUCAGUGGUGUUGAAAAUGAGCUUGUGAUUUUUUGGCAAAAAUAGAAGAUAAAAAUGUCGGCCUGUCGGGAAAAUAAUGUGGAUUUGUUGCAGCAAAAAAAUCUUAUAACCGUAAGGGACCGAAAAAUCAAUUUUAGUGACCUUAUCCAGGGGCAAAAAACGUACCAUUUUGCAUCCGGGAAGUAUCAAAAAUGUGGCAAAAUACCUCCCCCCCCAAGUGAAAAAAACUCCGAUUUCAAAAGCGCGCCCGCUCUGUUUGCGAGGAGCGCGCCUUCAAACGGAGUGUUUUAGUUGUAGAGGGAGGCAUUUUGCUACACUUUUUUGAUACCUGGCCUAAAACUAGCUUUUGAGGCCUCAAAAAUCGUUUUGUAUACUUGAAUUCUUCAAAUAUGCUUAUCUGUCAACGAAUUUUUCCUUUCAUUGUCAUCACUUUUCAGCCUUUCUCAUCGCCAACUUCAAGCCAAUGGUCGAGCAGCGCAUGUGCCAAAUGAUUGAAAAUGUCAUCAACCGCGACAUGAACGGCAUCCUCUCCACAAUGCCGUUGAAGAUACGAAUCAACGAAGACAACUUGGACAUCAUUGGCCAAACCUUUGGCCUCUCCGAGGCUCGUCCGUUGGCCAGCUUUCAGCAGAAGGGCCAACGGAACUUGUCGUUGUUGAAUUUCGUCAACAACUUGAGAGAGAAAAAUCUGGUGCUCGACUUCUCCUUGUUGAGCGCUCCAUUCGUUAGCCAGGGAACGGUGUUGAUGAAGAACAAGGGAGAAAUUUCAUCGUAAGUUGGCGUAAGAUUUGUUUUUUAUGAUGAUUUGUUUAUAGUAAAGGUCUCGGUGGAACGCCAUUCUUCCCGCCAACGGUGAAUAUCCCGCCUCCUCAUGGUGAGUUUAUUUAAUUAGGAGGCUUAAAAAUUGCUGGGACCUCUGACAGCCGAUAUUUUACAGCCAAGAUUUAGCUAAAAUCAGCUUGUUGCCAUUAGCGAAUUUUGAUGACUUUGGAAAAAAUUGUUUCUUUAGAAAACACAACCGUUUACAAGACCUUUUUUCAGGCGUUCAUAUGGUCGAAUUCUUCGGUACGGACUACAUCGCCAACUCCAUGCUCUACCACGCCUACAAACAACGCUACAUGGACGUGACGGUGGGUCCAGAGUCCUCCACUCAACUGAAAGAAGUUCUCCACACAACCUGCCCGGAGGGAUUUUGCAUUGGCGAAUAUUUGGGCGCGUUAGGCGAAGAGUACCCCAACAGAGAAGUGGAAGUCAAAUUCUCCGCCAAGAAAGCGCCAAUCUUGGUGUUUGUGGAGAAUCGAGCAAGGUUUCGACUGCAUGGCAGGAUGAAUAUGUAUGUGAGGCCGUCGAAUUCGUCGCAAGUCAAGGUUCAGGUGAGGAAAAAAUCGGUGUUGUGUUGAAAGUGGUAUAGUUUGAAACGUUGCGCAAAAGAGUUCAAGAUGACCAGAAAUUUUUUGUGUACUCUCUCGGCUACACAGGACGUCGAAUAUCUCAGCUGCCGCUGAAAAUUGUUAGCUGGAACUUUCAGAGGAUGAUUGGCAGCUCCUUUAGAAGCCGUCUGUAGGCAUAAGACAGAAUGCCAAAGAGAUAAAUUCUUGGCGGGAAAUUUAAAAUUUGAAAAUUUGAGACUUUAGAAUCAAAAAAAAAAGAAAAAAUAGAAAAAAAAAUUGAUUGAUAAACGACUAAAAUCCGGCAUGUGCCAAAAAUUUAGCGCAAAUCUGAGCGUCGUACUUGGAAUACUCUUCUCCUGAAAUUUUUUUUUUACCAAAGAUCUCCUUUUUUUGAAAAAAUUCUUGUAAAACAGAAGCAAAAAAAUUCGCAAACGCCUUAGAAAAUUGUAAUCAAAGCUCACGCCAAAUUUUGGCCAAAUUUAAAAAAAAUUUUUUUAGGUCAUCCAAUCCGACACGACCCUAACGGCCAAUGUGAAUUUAUGGAUCGACAAGAUGCGGAUUGUUGGGAAUGCAUCGAUCGAAAACUUGGACUUCAAAUUAAUCGACAGCAAAGUGGCGGACGUUGAUCAGGCCGUUUUCGGAGAUCUCGGACUGUUUGGAGCCGAAUUCUUGGAGAAAUUGUUGACGGAAAUCCUACAAAUGGGAUUGGUCAUGCCAACCAUGAGAGGGGUGGUGCUGAAAAGCCCAAAGUAAGUUGUUCUGCAAUGAAUUAUAAUGCAGAAAAAAUGGAUUUUUUUUUAUUUUUGGGGUACCUCAUGUGCCAUUGGUGCAAAUGGCCUGAAAAAAAACUUUAAAAAUAAUUUUUUAGCAGUAUUAAUUUAAAAAAUUUCAAAAAAAAAUCUUUUGGUGGCCCAUGUGGAACUUUUCGAUUUUCGAAAAAAAUGGAAAUAAAAAAUAAAAAAUCACAUUUUUUUUUUCAGAUUGAGCAUCCACGAAAGGUAUAUCCAAGUCCAAACCUACUUCAAAUUGGACGAAGGUUACGCGGAGCGUCUAAUCCAGGGCGCAGUUCGGCAAACAUUGGUGAAUGUGGGCUGA